AUGGCCGACCGCGAACACGACGCGAGUAUCGAUAAAGUGUUGGAAGCAAUGUCGCGGUCGAAGGGUGAUGGACCGCGAGAGCCCGUCACGUACGACGAGUUCCAGAAGGUGCUGGACUCGACGCCGCUGUUUAUGCGCGAGACUCCCCAGGAGACCGAGGGGGAUUAUGUGCUUGAGGCGCUCAAGAGUCUGGUGUUUGAGGGCGAGGGAGACGAGGUUGCAAUCAACUUCAAGAACCACGGCAACGAGCUAUACGCCCAAAAGUCAUACGGCGACGCCAUUGACGCAUACACCUCGGGCCUCAACUCUGGGCCCGAGGACGAGGCACUCCGCGUGUCGCUUCUGAACAAUCGGGCGGCAUGCAACAUUGCCUUGAAGAACAUGCGUAUGGUGCUGCGCGACACUUCCGCAAUCAUUGCGCUAGCGGCCGCCAAGAACAAGGACCCACCCAGCAAGGCGCUGUACCGCGCAGCCCAGGCGCUGGUCCACCUGGAGCGGUGGGAGGAAGCGUCCGACGUCAUUAAGCGAGGCAAGGGCCUGUGGAGCGAGGGAGCGAACCAGAAAAUCUGGGAGGUGUUGGAGGGUCAGGUCAAGGUUGGGGAGAAGCGAGUGUUCGAGCGCGUCGAGAGAGGGCGGCGCAAGACCAUCACCGAAGCCGCGAGAAGGACGGCUAUUGUCCAGCGCGGCGUCGUGGUCGUCAACACCCCCGAACCGCCCGAUAACCCGCACCCCCUCGACUUUGACCCUUCGGCCCUCUCCUCCGUCCCUCUCUAUCCUGCCGACGUGGCGGAUACUUGGAUCGCCCCCACCGCCGCGACACCACUCAUCUUCCCCGUCUUCCUCCUUUACCCCCAGCACAACCAGAGUGACUUGAUUACCCAUUUCCACGAGGACACUAGUUUCGACGACCAACUCGGCCCAAUCUUCCCCGCUUCCCCCACGUCUACUUCACCCGAGUGGAGUCCUUGGGACGACAAACACGAAUACUGGACCGACAAUUUGGCCGUGUAUGUCGAGACGGCUGGGAAGCGACUGCUUAAGGUCGGCAAGGAGAUUACUUUACGCGAGGUCCUCGCAAAGGCUGUCAAGUCAGCUGAGGGGGGCAAGCCGCGUGAUGGUGUGGUUCUCCGAGAUGGGCUGUUGAGUUUCGUUGUGCUCGUGCGUGGGAAGGAGGAGAAGGAGUGGAUUGAUAACUUUAAGCGGGUACGGGAUGGCAAGUAG